AUGAUUGGUGCUUUUUAUGAAGAUAAAAAGUAUCGAGUUUCAAAAGAAUCUUCAAAUUGCAUUGGUAUCUCAACAGCAUGUCCAGAUAAGUAUUGCGUAUAUACUAAUAAGACACUUAUUAAAGUUUGGACAGCAGAACAAAAUGAAACAGCAAGUAUUUUCUUAAUAAACCAAAGCACUGUGAUAACAAACAUAUCAAUCGAUAAUUCAACAAAUUCAACAAUAACAGAAGAUAUCGAGUAUUAUCAUUAUUAUUCAACCAAUGUUAAUGAUUCGUUAAAAUUAAAAUUCAGUAGAUUAGUACAUAGAGAGACCAAUAACACAUUCACGGUAACGACACGUAUCAGCUCAAUUACACUUCUUGGCAACUUCAAUAUCACUACAACAUUCAAGAACAAUGAUGGUAUCAUUUCUCAACAAUAUAACAAAUAUACGAACGGUACGGUAUCAUACACAGAUGAAAAAGGAUCAUUUCCAAGUGGUAUUUACGGUUAUUAUUCUGUAGAUUCAACUAAGCGAGUAGAUUAUAGUUCAUUAAAGGUUAAAUGCGCCGAUCUCGAAUCAGCAUCUGCCGAUUUGUCAUGGGUUAAGCCAGCACACGCAUCGAUAUUUACUCCGUUCCAAGGAAUGAUACCAACAGAAUCAAUGAUAUUUAAGAAAUCAGAUCUUCGAUCACCAGGAUUCCCACUUGCUGUUAUUGGUAUUAUUGUUGCUUUAAUAAUAGUUAUUUCUAUUGUGACUAUCGUUGUUCUUCUGAUUUACUUCGGUAUUGGCCCUUGCCUUCAGAAGUGCCCAUAUUUCGGCUCUUACAAGAACAUGAGUCUGGAAAAUGCAAGCGCUGAAGCAGAUGCAGCAUAUGUUAAGGUUGUUGAGUAA